CCGGGCUGCGAAGAGUUAAACUGCUGCUCCUCUCAGUCCAGCGCAUUUAGCGGAAAACAUCUGACUUGCUGCUGGUUUCCUCGGAGCCGCGUUUUCACUCGGCUCGCCUGCUCUGACGCCAGACGGACGCGGACCCUCGCCACACGACUCACCAGUGAAGCAUGUGUGGAUGCUAACGGUCGUCUGCUCGGUUUGCCCUCGUUCCUUUUGAAUCUUGCAACCGCUUGGUCCUUUGAGUCUUGAGUCAUCUCGACCUUCGCCAUGUCCGCCGAGGUGGAGAACCCCAUGCAGGUCCCUGCUGAUCCGACCGCCUCCAGCCUCAACAGCCCCCCUACCUCGCCGUCGACAGCCGCAUCUAAAGUCCCGUUCAAGAAAGAGAAGAAGAAGAUACUCGAGAAAACGGAUGAGUACCUGCUGGCCAGGUUCCAGGGCGACGGUGUCAGGUACAAGGCCAAGUUGAUCGGGAUCGACGACGUUCCUGAAGCAAGAGGCGACAAGAUGAGCCAGGACUCUAUGAUGAAGUUGAAGGGCAUGGCAGUCGCCGCUCGCUCACAGGGGAAGCACAAACAGCGGAUCUGGAUCAACAUCUCUAUGUCGGGCAUCAAGAUCAUCGAUGAAAGAUCAGGAGUGAUCGAACACGAGCACGUGGUGAACAAGAUCUCCUUCAUCGCCAGGGACGUGACGGACAACCGGGCAUUUGGAUACGUGUGCGGGGCCGAGGGGCAGCAUCAGUUCUUUGCCAUCAAAACGGCUCAGCAGGCUGAACCUCUUGUCAUCGACCUGAAGGACCUUUUCCAAGUCAUCUUCAACAUGAGGAAGAAGGAAGCCGAGUCUUCUGAGACGGGAGAAAACGGCGGCACAGUUGAGAAUGGAAACAAUGCUGGACUCAGUGUGGACGGAGCGGUGAAGGCAGGCCAAGCUGUGGAGCAGCUCGACCUUUUUGGAGACAUCACAACUCCGCCAGACAUCCAGGCUCCCCAUGACUCUAACGAUAUUCUCUUGCUGGACUUUUCCGCCGAGGUGGACAGUAAUCAGAAUUGUAUAAAGGGGAAGCCCGGCCAUCCCCACAGAGAGAACCCCUUUUCUACGACAUUUGGAUACUUCCCAACCCCAGACAGUGACCCUUUCAGAGACGACCCCCUCUCCGUCUCCCCCUCUCACGCUUUCCUCACCACCAAUCACCCAAUCAGCACAGCUGGCACCGGUCGGACAGUUGAUGACCCUUUGAACGGAGACUCGGAACACUUUGGUCGGCAGAUUCACGACCUGUCCAGUAAGACCAUGAUUCUUGCUCUCAGUAACGGCCAGUGGCCACUAGGGGGCACAAUACCUCAGGGAAACUCAAUAACCAUGAUGGAUGGGAAUGACUCUGGACCAGUCCCCUCACACAAAAACCCCUUUUUUGACUCGCCGCCUGUUUCAAACGGCGACACUCAUCACUCCCCGGAGAUUCAUGUAAAGGAAUCGGUUGUAAUAAGCCCACCGCCGCAGAGUUCUAAAGCGGGACGAGGUCGCAGGAAGGCAAAGUCCUCAGCCAGCGACCUGUUUGGAGCCGACAUGUUUGCUACCCCCAGCGAUGACUCGUCUGCAGCGGGCGGACUCUUCAACAGCAUGCCGACCCCGUCUGCCACCUCCUCCAUCGCUGCUCUUGGAAAUCUUCAGUUGGGGCCUCCGGCUAUGACCAACAUGUCUGCUCCAAGCAUGUGGGGAGCCCCCACUACUGGACCCUCAAUGUUCCCGGUGCCAGGCAUGACUGCCCCAGGACCCAUGCCCACCUACCCACAGCCCUCGGCCUUCGGUGGUCUUCCCAUUCCCCCUACUGCCUGGGGUCAGCAGAUGCCACCACAAAUGUCGGGCCCCCCUCUCUCCCCACCCCACCUCGCCUGGGGUCAGCCCGCACCAGUGUCUCCUGGUUGGGGUCAACCUGGCAAUCCUUUCCAAACUAGCCAGGGUCCAUCGCGCCCACCCCCGAGGCCGCCUGCGAAGGACCCUCCCAAAGUGGAGAACAAUGCCUUCACCGCUCUGGACCCCCUGGGAGACAAAGAGAAGAAGAUGGGGAAGGACAUGUUCAAGGACUUCCAGCUCGCCAAACCACCAGCCAUCCCCGCCAGGAAAGGGGAGGCCAACGCUGCCUCUGGAGGGAAAGAGGCCGGUGCCUUCGACCAGUACUUCUCCAGUAAAGUGGGCGUGGCGCAGGAUGUCGCCGAUCAUGAUGACUUUGACAUCAGUCAGAUGUCUGCAGACGUUCCUAAACCGGCCCCAGCUCCAACCUUGGACCUCCUGGAUUCCGCCUUCUCCUCUCCUCCCACUGCCAACCAUUCAGCGCCGGCCCAGGUCCUCACUCAGAACAUCUUUGAUGAAGCCUUCGGGGUGCCUUCACCUGCGAGCGCUCCAGUCGGACAGAGCUCUGGGUCAACAGACCCUUUUUACGGGAAUCCUUUUGCCUGACUGCUCUCACAAACAAAUUGAAGAAGUGUUGCUGAAAACAUCCACCCAGAUCUUCAGGCUGCUACAAGAAGCGCAAGACAAUCCAAAGAUGAACUCAUCUCACCGGACCCUACGCACCUCCCCCCCCGCAACAGAACCAUCUGAUGCUGUUCUCCCGCCUGUCCAAUCAGUAGUUGCCUUUUUUUAUGAAGACCACUGAUCUGUGAAUACCAUGUUAUGUCCUAAUCUGCUGAGGGGAAAAAAGGGAAAAUGUUGCAUGAGGGAAGACAUGUCCAAAGAAGUUCAUAUAUUAAUGUUCCUCGUAUUAAAAGAAUAAAAUAAUUGA